CCUGAGGGUCUGUGGGUGUGUGUGUGUGUGUGUGUGUGUGUGGUGGAGCACUCCUCCUCCUCAUUCAUAAGCCUCCUCCUCGCCUCCAUCAGCUCACAGUCUGUCGGGAACUCUUACCGGCACCACCAGGACUCUACCGGUUCACUUGAUACAGAUAACAGGACUUCUCUCCAGUCAUGACUCGGGUUCCUCCUCCCGUCUUUGUGUUGCUGCUAUGUGCGGCUGUUGUUGUGGUGAUUAUUAAGUCUGGAGACAAUCUGGUAAGAAAAAGAAGAGAAAUGUGUUUCUUUCCAAGGGCAAUAUUCGAAAAUGUGGACUACACUAAACAGGAGUCUGUUGCCAGGAUUCGGUUAGAUUUUGAACCUGACUCAAAUAUUGACUACUCUCUGGAAGGUAUUGGUGCAAAUCAAUAUCCCUUCCACGUGUUUGUAGUAGACCGUAAAACUGGAUUAAUUAUGGUGACCAAAAUACUCGACAGGGAGGAAAUCGAUACGUACAAUCUGUCUGGCGUUGCUAAGUUCACUGAUGGCAGAGAGGCAGAGACAAAGAUUUACAUACGAAUCAAGGUCGUCGAUAAGAACGACAACGCACCAGUGUUUGGAGUCAUAAAGCCCGGGGAGGUGAAGGAGCUCAGUGCUGCAGGAACUUCAGUUAUGAAAAUAACUGCAACUGAUGCUGAUGAACCAGGGAAUGUGAACUCUCAGAUCGCCUAUUCCAUCGUUGAUCAGAACCCACCUGGUGACAUGUUCACCAUUCGCAAUGAUGGGUCCAUCUACGUCAAAGAUUCUGCCCUGGACAGAGAGAAAGCAGAUAAGUACACUCUGACAGUGAAAGGUCAAGACUUAAACGGCGAACCAGGGGGAAUGAGUGGAACCAGCACUGUCACCAUUAAUGUACGAGAUGUGAAUGACAACCUUCCCACUCUGGAAAAAGAGCAGUAUGAGGGCAGCAUUGAGGAGAACACACAGAACGUGGAGGUGAUGAGGAUCAAAGCAGAGGACCUGGACCUGAAGGACACAGACAACUGGAAAGCUGUGUUUGACAUUGUCAAAGGCAACGAGGCUGGGUACUUCAGCAUCCAUACAGACCCCAAGACCAACGAGGGCGUCCUAAUGCUCGACAAGGCUGUGGACUAUGAGGAUGUGAAGGACCUUGACCUAGGACUAGCUGUGAGGAACAUGGCUCCACCAUAUGCAGGGGGACCAACUGGUGCUGGUGGGGGAAGUGGGACAACAACAUGGCUAGGUGGGACCACAUAUAAAACAUAUCCACUUAAAAUCAAUGUGAAGAACCAGCCGGAGGGGCCAAGUUUUGACCCCAAAGUCAAAGCUAUUCCCAUCUCAGAAGGAAGCAGCUACACCAUUAAGGAUGUUAUUGUCCAAUACCAGGCAACAGAUGAAGACACUGGGAAACCAGCUGAGAAUGUCAGGUAUGCCAAGAACUCCGACCCUGACAACUGGCUGAUCAUCGACCCAAAGACAGCUGAGAUCAGACUGAACAAGAUGCCUGAUAGAGAAUCCCCAUUCCUGGUCAAUGGGACAUAUUUAGCUAAAGUACUCUGCAUUACAGAAGACAUGCCCUCUAAAACAGCGACCGGCACAGUAGCCAUCCAGUUGGAAGAUUUUAAUGACAACUGCCCCACCCUGACCAGUACCUUCCAGGCUAUGUGUACCACCGCUGAUAGUGUUAUCGUGAAUGCUAAAGAUGAUGAUUACUACCCUAACGGGCCUCCGUUUCACUUUGCCGUCAAACCAGAGGGCACUCAGGGCAAAUGGCACGUGGAGCAUUUAAAUGACACUGCAGCUAUCCUGAGGGCCCAAGGGCCCGUGUGGCCUAGUUCAUAUGAGGUGGAGUUUAUGGUAACGGACCAGCAGGGACUGUUCUGUCCAGAACCACAGAAAGUGACGGUCCAAGUAUGCACCUGUGAGGAAGGGGUGGUGUGUGGAAAACGAGGGGCCCAAGGUCAGAACGACAAAGGAGUAUCGUUAGGACCUGGAGGCAUCGGACUGCUAUUCCUGGGCCUGCUGCUGUUACUACUCUUUCUUCUGUUGCUGCUCUUCUGCCUAUGUGGCGGGGCUGGUGGUCUGCCAGGGUGGUUUACUAAAAUGCCUUUCGUGACCAAAUCACACCUCAUUAACUACCACACCGAGGGUCAGGGAGAGAACACGAAGGUGCUCAGCGAUAACGAGAACCUUGGCGUGAAGGACGGUCUUUUGGUUUAUGACUACGAGGGCCAGGGCUCCCUCGCUGGGUCAGUGGGCUGCUGCAGCCUCCUGGAAUCUGACAGCGACCUGCGGUUCCUCGAUGACCUCGGGACGAAGUUCAAGACCAGACUGGACCUGCCCAAGGCAUGGUUGUACAAGGGCGGACAAUGAUGUCCAGCGGACAAGCCCAGGGCCCGCACAUGAUGCUGGUGGAGAGGAGCGGAAUCCAGGGCGGCGGUGCCAACCUGGUCCACACUGGCAACCUCUCUGGCUCCCAGACCAUGAUGGUGGUGGAGGGCAUGGUCCCAGCAGGGUCAAUGAAAGGGCUGAAUGGAAGCCAGAUUGGUGUCGUGCAGGGGGGCAAUGAGAGAUUGUCAGGACAAGAGAGGACCUUUCCAGUGAUGCCAAUCAGAUUGUUCCUCUGGCCUGGUCCAGGUGGUGAUGGGAUGCUUGUGGGACUCAACUAAUGCAAGACUGCUAAUGGAGAGAGGGAAGGAUCCCCAUAAUCCCUCUUUUAAAUUUGACAGUACAGUUUUCAACAAAGUUAACAAUAUAUAUCACCAGUCAUUGCUCCACUUGUUACAGUACUAUCUUUAACUCUGUUCAAUUUUGAAAACACACUCUCUCUCUCUGUCUCUCUCUCUCUCUGGUACCUGAUUGUUGUACACUGGCAAUAUUUGUUUAUAUUAUGUUUAUUUCUUGUUUAUAUCUUAUAUUGUAUUGGUAUUCUUACUUUAUUCUGACAUUUUGAACUAUUCUAUUGUUAUUUUUGCUGCCUAUUUGCACCAACAAAGCAAAGCAAAUUCCUAGUGUAUACCUGAUACACCUGGAAUAGACAAGAUUCUGAUUCUGAUUCUGAUUCUUUAACUAGACAUCACCAAUCAUUGCUCCACCUGUUAGAGUACCAUCUUUAACGAGAUAUAACCAGCCAUUGCUCCACCUGUUACAGUACCAUCUUUAACUCUGUUCAAUUUUGAAUACACAAACAUACGUAAAAUGCUAAAUGAUAAAAAAAAUAUCAGCCACCCACCCAGUACCACCCACCACCCUCCCAGUACUACAUCACCACCCUCCCAGUACCAUAAUUAACCAGUAAUCAUAAAUACUUCUUCUUCACCGUCUGUGAUAACUGAGCUCAACUGAAGGCCAUGAGAUGUGGCUGACAGGUCUGGAAGAAAUCUAGGAAGUGGACCUUGAGUUAUUAAGCUCAAAAUGUGGCAUAUCUAACCAGUUGAAACUGUUUAAACAGUUGAUCAAUCUAAAACCAACUGUAAGGAUGUAACCGAGUGUAAUCACAUCAUUAAAUAGGAUUAAAGCUACAGUAUGUUGUGUUAACAGAAGUUAUAAUUGUUGACAAAUAUUUCAGUGAAUAAAUGCGCUUAUAUCUG